AUGGUAGAGCAACCCGCAAACGUGGAUGCCGCCGUGAAUACCCCAGUUGUGGUUGAUUCAAACGAUGAUGGAACAGUCGCCCAGGAACUGGAAUCAGAGCAUAUGAGGAGUACAUUGGAAGAGUCGAUAGUGGAAACGCGCAGUACGCCUCUCGAAAAUCGACCGCGACUUCCCCGCAUAGCCCUAAGCAAGCGGAAUCGGGCUGUCGUGAGGGCUCUGAACCCAAUGCUGGUGACCUAUUUGGAAGCCAGCCGGGACCUUUGCGAGACGGACUCAAUUCUCUUUGGCGCCGCGCUAGCAGUCUGCCGUAUCAUAGGCGCCAAAGUUUCCACGGCUGGACGCGCUACUGGCCAUAGUAGCGCUAUCCCAACAUGGAGAAGAAGAAUUGAAGAACGUAUCGCAAAGGCUAGAGCUCUCAUCAGCAGACUGAUAUGCUUCAGAUCAGGCAACAACAGGCCAAGAAUUGUGCGCACCAUCAGGAUGGCGUUUGCUGGGACAAAUGUCAGUUUGUCCCAGCCGGAUAUAACGCAAAAACUGACGGAGCGCAUAGAUGAUCUGAAGCAGAGAAUCGCUGCUUGGGGAAAGCGGAUUCGGCGAUAUACCGAGAGGUCGACACGGUUCAACCAGAAUCGUCUCUUCCAGAGUGAUCAGAAGAGGCUCUAUGAAUCAUUGGAGCGACCAAUGGUAAGUGGAACGGGUCCAGCACCGAAUCAGGCCGACACUGUAGCAUUCUGGCGCGGCCUGUGGUCAGAGCCCGUAAACCACAGCGAGGGCCCUUGGACGGAAGUUGUGGCGAGUCAGUGUGCCGGCAUUACGCCCAUGGACCCCGUCAUCAUAACGCCGGAUGACGUAGCUGAGGCGGUCCGUAGGGCCCCGAACUGGAAAAGUCAGGGGCUUGACGGGCUUCAUCACUACUGGCUGAAGGGGUUCAUGGUUUUAGACGAAAUUAAAUCUAAAGCUGAACAAUAUAGCAGCAGCACAGAACAUGGCUGA